AUGGCAAACGUCGGCCCGCCGCCUGCGAGCGAACGAAAGCGCGUCAAAGUCUACGAGCUCAAGAACAAUGACUGGUUUGACAGAGGCACAGGCUUCUGCAAGGGCGUUGUCGCCAAUCAGGAAGAGGCGAGAAUCGUAGUCCUAUCAGAAGACGACCAGUCGCGACAGCUCCUGGAGACGCGCAUCUCCAAAGAUGACGGUUACCAGAAACAACAGGACACGCUCAUUGUGUGGACAGAGCAAAAUGGCACCGACAUGGCUCUCAGCUUCCAGGAGCCAGAGGGCUGCGCAAGCAUAUGGGACUUUGUGAAUGAAGUGCAGUCGCGCCUCCAAGCGUUAGCUCAGGACGAUGGUCUCUCAGACGACAUCGACCACAUCAGCCCCAUACUCCUCCCCGCUCCCGACCUCAGCAAUCUCCAUGAGAUUGAGAAUCACAUGCGCGCCGCAAAUUCCACACCAGGCGGUCGGGAAGCUUUGGCCAAGUUCAUCCUCGCCCAGGACUACAUACCAAAGCUGAUACCGCUGGUGGACAUGGCUGAAGACCUUGAAAGUUUGUCUGACCUGCAUCGGCUGUGCAGCAUCAUGAAAAUGCUUAUCCUCCUCAAUGACACCGCCAUCAUUGAAUAUGUAGUGACAGAUGCCGUGGUUCUGGGUGUGGUUGGGGCUUUGGAAUACGACCCUGACUUUCCCCUACAUAAGGCGAACCACCGACAGUACCUCGAUGACGAAUCAAAGUUCAAGGAAGUCGUCAGAAUCGAAGACGAAAACAUAAAACGCAAGAUCCACUACACGUACCGGCUGCAGUACCUCAAAGACGUUGUACUUGCACGCAUUCUCGAUGACCCCACAUUCAGCGUCCUCAACUCACUCAUAUUCUUCCAUCAGGUCGAUAUUGUCCAGCAUCUGCAAGCGAAUGUACCCUUCUUGAAGGAGCUGUUUGGUAUAUUUUCGCCAAAAGAGCAAAACCUGGCGCGAAAAAGAGACGCCGUGCUGUUCAUCCAGCAAUGUUGCGCAAUAGCCAAGAGCUUGCAGGCAAACGUCAGAGCCCAACUAUACCAAAACUUCAUUAGCAGCGGUCUGCUAGAAGUAAUACAGUUUGCGCUCAAGCACCAGGACGCAUCGGUUCGUGUGGCAGGAACGGAUAUACUUGUGUCUCUAAUCGACCAUGACGCUCUCAUGGUGCGAAGCUACAUCUUCAAGGCCAUACAGGAAAAGACAAAGCCGCUCACCGACACCCUGAUUGAGUUGCUGCUCAUCGAGGUGGACCUGGGUGUCAAGGCGCAAAUGGCCGAUGCGAUCAAGAUCUUACUUGACCCCAAUGCCAACUCAGCAUCCAUCGAAGCGCUCGGAAGGACCAACAGCGACUUCCUCGCUAAGAUGAGAGGCCAAUUACCAUCCAUACCGCAGACAGACUCUUUCAUCCAGAACUUCUACGACGAGUCCGCGCGGAAGUUAUUCCAACCUUUGAAGGACCUCGAAGGCAGGGAAUCAAUGGACGAUUUGACAAUGCAACAAGUGUCAUUGUACGCCCAUCUAGUCGAGGUUCUCUGCUUCUUCAUCCGCCAGCAUUCCUUCCGCAGCAAAUAUUUCAUCUUGUCCGAAGGCCUGGCGGUUCGCGUUGCCCAACUCAUGGGCUGCCCAGAGAAGCACCUAAAGCUCACCGCGCUCAAGUACUUCCGUACUGUACUCGGAUUCCACGACGAAACGCACAAUCGUCAGAUAAUUGCCCAUGAGCUCUUCGAGCCGAUACUGAAGAUCCUCUUCGACACCAUGCCCCGCGAUAAUCUCUUGAAUUCUGCAUGUCUCGAGCUGUUCGAAUUUAUUCGACGAGAAAACAUCAAGAUGAUCGUCCAACAUCUCGUAGAGACGUACAGGGAGAAGUUGCAGGCGAUUACUUAUGUGGAUACAUUCCAGAACCUCAUACUCAAAUAUGUCCAGAACCAUGAACCGAUAACAACCCAAGAGCUCGACAACUCGUUUACAAGCGUAGACAGCGACACCCCCGCACGACAUGCUGCGGCCAUGAAUGGCGGAAAGUGGGGUCAUGGUCUUAAAGAGGUGGACCCAGAUGAAGAGGCAUACUUCAAUACCUCAGAUGAUGAGGAUGAACCAAUUCCCGGGAGUGGAAAACUGAGCAUAAACGGGGCGUCGCCAGUGCGACCUCUUGUCAACUACCCGGAUGACGAUGCCGACGAUGCCGAUAUGGAUGACCUCACAGCUGACGUUACCGCCUCUGCCCCCAAGAUAUCGUCCGCAACGCAGACUCCCGACGCAGCUACACCCCCACAUCCGACUUCGACAGCAUCACCACCCGAGCGUGUAUCAGAGAAACGUCGCAGAGAAGAGGACGAAGAAGAUGAGUUACUUGCAAGCAUCUCCACCUCCGCUGGUCCUAAACGACGCGCCUCGACAUCAAGCAACGCAAGCUCUGGAAGUUUACGUAACUUGCGCCGGAAAUCGCCCAGUGUCAACUCCGGCAAAGAUGGCGGAGGUACUCCAAAAAAGAUAUCACUAUCUAUCCCAUUAAAGAGCAGUGGCGAGGGGGGCGAAGGCGAAUAG